GAGCUCCAGACGUAGAGGCAAGAGCCGGCGGCGCCCCCCGCACGCUUUGUCUGCUCUGCGCCCCGCUCCUACCUGUAGAGUCGUGGCGGGCGCCCCUUCCCCGGGCACCUGUCCCUUUCCCGCCUUCGGAAACCUCCCGCCCACCUACCCGCGUCUCGGACGGGUGGCGCUGGGACUCCGGGGCAGGGCGCCAGGGUCGCAGCUGGUGACAUGUAGACGCCCCCGGGUCCAGCCUCGGAACCUGGGGGCCCUGCUGCCUGGAAAGUUUGGGGCUGGGCGCCAUGGCCAAGAGCAGCUCCCUGAAUGUCCGCGUGGUGGAGGGCCGCGCGCUGCCCGCCAAGGACGUGUCUGGGAGCAGUGACCCCUACUGCAUAGUGAAGGUGGAUGAUGAGGUGGUGGCCAGGACAGCGACCAUCUGGCGGAGCCUGAGCCCCUUCUGGGGUGAGGAGUACACUGUGCACCUGCCACUGGACUUCCACCAUCUGGCCUUCUACGUGCUGGACGAGGACACUGUCGGACAUGAUGACAUCAUCGGCAAGAUCUCGCUGAGCAGGGAGGCGAUUGCCGCUGACCCCCGAGGGAUCGACAGCUGGAUCAACCUGAGCCGUGUGGACCCGGAUGCAGAGGUGCAGGGUGAGAUCCGCCUGUCGGUGCAGAUGAUGGACGAUGUGAGGGGCCGCUGCCUCCGCUGCCACGUGCUCCAGGCUAGGGACCUGGCCCCCCGCGACAUCUCUGGCACCUCUGACCCAUUUGCACGUGUGUUUUGGGGCAGCCAGAGCUUGGAGACCUCGACAAUCAAGAAGACCCGCUUCCCACACUGGGACGAGGUCCUGGAGCUGCGGGAGCUGCCAGGAGCACCGUCCCCGCUGAGGGUGGAGCUCUGGGACUGGGACAUGGUGGGCAAGAACGACUUCUUAGGCAUGGUGGAGUUCCCCCCACAGGUCCUGCAGCAGAACCCACCCAACGGCUGGUUCCGCCUCCUGCCAUUUCCCAGAGCCGAGGAGGAUGCUGGGAGGAACCUGGGGGCUCUGCGGCUGAAGGUGCGCCUGAACGAGGAUCGUGUCCUGCCCUCCCCAUACUACCAGCCGCUCACGGAGCUGCUGAUGGAGUCUGUGCUGAGGCCGGCAGAGGAGGAUGCUGCUAGCCCCCUGGUUGUACUGGAGGAGGUGACCUUGGGGGACUGCCGCCAGGACCUCGCCACCAAGCUGGUGAAGCUGUUUCUUGGCCAGGGCCUGGCUGGGCCCUUCCUGGACUAUCUCACCCGGCGUGAGGUGGCUCGGACCACCGACCCCAACACUCUGUUCCGUUCUAACUCGCUGGCAUCCAAGUCGAUGGAACAAUUUAUGAAGCUCGUGGGCAUGCCCUAUCUGCACGAGGUCCUGAAGCCAGUGGUCAACCGUGUGUUUGAGGAGAAGAAGUACAUGGAGCUGGACCCGGGCAAAAUGGAGCUGGGCCGCACACGGCGUAUUUCCUUCAAGGGCAUGCCCUCGGAGGAGCAUGUGAGGGAGACCAGCCUGGGGCUGCUGACCGGCUACCUGGGACCCAUCAUGGACGCCAUUGUGGGCUCUGUAGGGCGCUGCCCACCCGCCAUGCGCCUGGCCUUCAAGCAGCUGCACCAGCGCGUGGAGGAGCGCUUUCCCCAAGCAGAGCACGAGGACCUGAAGUACCUGGCCAUUAGCGGCUUCCUCUUCCUGCGAUUCUUUGCACCUGCCAUCCUCACUCCGAAGUUGUUUGACCUCCGGGAUCAGCACGCGGAUCCCCAGACCAGUCGCUCGCUGCUGCUGCUCGCCAAGGCUGUGCAGAGCAUUGGUAACCUGGGCCAGCAGCUUGGCCAGGGCAAGGAGCUGUGGAUGGCCCCCCUAUAUCCCUUCCUGCUGCAGAGUAUCUCGCGUGUGAGAGACUUUCUGGACCGGCUGGUGAACGUGGAAGCGGUGGGGGAGGCUGGGGGCUCAGCCAGGGCCCUGGUCCCGCCCUCGGUGACCGUUCGAGAAGGCUACCUGCUGAAGCGCAAGGAGGAGCCCGCCAGCCUGGCCACACGUUUCGCCUUCAAGAAGCGCUACUUCUGGCUCAGCGGGGAGACCCUGUCCUACUCCAAAACUCCUGAGUGGCAGGUGGUGACGCAGGACGACGCGGGGGCGCUGCACACCACCUACCUCCAGUGUAAGAACGUAAACGAGCUGAACCAAUGGCUGUCGGCCCUGCGCAAGGCCAGCGCCCCGAAUCCGGACAAGCUGGCCGCCUGCCACCCGGGUGCCUUCCGCGGCGCACGCUGGACCUGCUGCCUCCAGGCCGAGCGCUCAGCCGCUGGCUGCAGCCGUACACACUCAGCUGUCACCCUGGGGGACUGGAGUGACCCUCUGGAUCCUGAUGCAGAGACCCAGAUGGUGUAUCGGCAACUGCUUCUGGGGAGGGACCAGCUCAGGAUGAAAUUCCUGGAGGGUUCCAACAUGGCUACAACUCUGAAGGCAGACACAGGGAAGGGCCUCAGGGACUGUCCUGAUGCUCUGGCCCAGCAGAGAACGGCAGCUACCCGCCUGCUGGAAGUGCUCGAAGACCUGGAUCGAGCCCACGAGGAGUUUCAGCAGCGGGAGCGGGACCACGCUGCCUCCAGCCCCCUCAGACCCUGA